GGGGUUGAAGCCCUCCACGUGUCCCACAAUAGCGGCAAAAACGGAGCUAGGCGCAGGCAGGCGGCUCGUAGAGGCGAUUUGCGAACUUUGGCGGACCACUUCCAUAGCGCAAACCUACCUUGGGUUCUGACAUGAGGCGACCGUCCGGAUAGUCACCGAAGGCGUACCGAAAGACACAUGACUCUAUGUAUGAAAUGGAUCAGACCAAUGAUGCAGUCUAUGACACUUUACGUGCCGCUUACCACGUCUGCUCACGUCUCGAGCUCUGGGCCGGGGAAAUAGUAUCGGAGCCUCUGUACAUACUCGCGCAAGAAGCGAUCCGGAAGCUCGUUGCCGCGUUUCGAGCUUACGAACAUGAACUUGUCUGUCUCCAUCCAACUCGCGGCGGGCACUCUCGAUCACUGCCACAAGCUCGAGUCUCUAGGAGAUGAGGGCGCGCUGAACGCCUUGUUCCUCGCUCGGGGAGGGCGCACGCAGAACUCGGAAGACGCUUCCAGAGAUCGGCUGGGCAAGGAAGUAGCGGAUCUCCUUAGCCCUUAUUUCGGGCCUCGUGCUACUCAGAAUUGGACCUGGGGCUUAGAUACGUCGCAGCCCUGCAUAGCCGCAAACACAGCUAUAGAAAUCAACGAGACGAUCUUUUCUUGUGCCCAAAAAGUUCACCAUACCUUUUCGCCAAGAUAUGUGCACACAUAUCACACCCGGAGCGAUGUACCAUAUGUCGUUGAUGUGUCGACUGACGCAUGCGCGGGGAGCUUUGGAGUUGUUCGGAAGGUCCACCAAAGGACUACUAGAAAGCCAUAUGCUGAGAAAACCUACCGGAAUCUCUUCUCUAGCAAAGAACGCAAGGCAGUUCUCAAUGAGCUAGGUGUCCUGGAGAACUGCCGUCACCCCAACAUUGUCACGCUGGUCGACGCCUACGAGGUUACGGAUGAGCCACAUGUCAUGAACAUUGUCAUGUCACCAUGGGCUCCUUUCACUCUACAGGAAUUCCUUUACACUUCCAAUACCAACAGGAAGAAGCACGUCCCUUGGUUCGAGCCAAACCAGCCGACUUCGGACAUUGGCGUUUACAACAUCAUGAUGAGGCUCACAGAAGCGCUUGCUUACCUUCACGGACUCUCUAUUAAGCACAAAGAUAUCAAACCUGAUAACAUUCUUCUUCAUACGGCCGGGGAAGAAGUGACGCCAUAUAUCACCGAUGUCGGAGUCAGCAAGGUGUACUGGCGAGGUGCAAAGACCAACUAUGAUCAAAGCACUUAUUCGUUCCUCUCUCUUGAGCAACUGGAACAUAAAGAGAGCAGCCUCAAGGCUGAUAUCUGGCAGCUCGGAUGCUGUUUUGCCAUGCUUCUGGCUCUAGUAAGGGGAGGACAAAACGGCGUGAUGAAGCUGCAUGUUAGCUAUCAGAGAACGGAUGAGAAUUGUUCGUGCAAUAUUGCGAAAGAGUCAGAAUGGUUCAUGAGGACACUCGACGAACUCUGUUCCUCCGGCUCUGCUGAACAAAAGCACAUGCAUUGGAUCAUUAGGCACAUGCUUGAUUUGGAUCCUUCGUCACGAUUUGAAAUAGGGAAGGUGAUGGAAGAGCUGAGGAAAUUGGUGGAGAUCACUGACCUGGAGAAGAUGCAUGUAUACUGAGUAUCUCCAUAAGCUUUCAUGUUUGUUUUCGGUUUCAAGUUUUCGUGGCAUUAGCAAAGAUGAUUUCGCGAAUUUAGAUCGUGGGUAGGACUAGGCGUUUGGCAUUAUAGCCUGCAGGAAAUAUAGGUAGCCGACAAUUUGACCAUGGAUGUUAACAGCUAUUAAAGAUACCUAGUGUAUGUAAUUGGUACCCUCAAUAGGACAGAACAACCGUAAGCGACACGCCAAUUGUAUAUCAAGAAUGGUUCCAGG